AUGGAGAUUCACGGUACGAAGCUUCGGCAGGUUGCUCAGGUGUUUGCAACGGCUGGUUGGCUUGAAGCUUCUGAGUUUAUCGGAGAAGAUAGCAAAUGGUCCGACGAACAAAAUGAUAUUAAAGAAGGAUGUUUAAGACAAACCUUGAGCUGGUUUGUCGAAAGAGCUCCGAUGCAAAAUCUAGCUUUUGUUUCGUGGCCAAAUGAACAGGAACAAUUAUUGCCUAAAGAGAGCACAUCAGCCAUGCGAGACCCAUGGGAGCUUUUGCUGCACCCUUCUACUGAAUAG